ACAGCUGUUUCCUAGCUUAUAAGAAAUCGCAAUUGCAAUUAAAUUUAACUUUCUCCUAAAAAAUAAAGUAAAUGGAAGUAAAUCCAAUAGCAGUGCUGCUCGUCUAUAUGGACAGCAAAGGAGACCGUCUCUUAUUUCGUUAUCCCUAUGAAAAUGUGUACAAAGAUAAAACACCGUUGCAUAGUAUGCCCUUGGCGGCAUCUGCGCCGGUACUGAACAAUCCACCACUGGUUGAUGUAGCGAUGAGCAGUUCAACGACAUCGCUGGUGUCACAAAUUUCUUCCGAUACCAGCAGAAAACGCAAUCCAUAUGCCAUUAGUAGCAGCGAUGAACUAUUGCAAACGGCGCCACCACCAAAUAUUGCACCCGCUAAUAUGUUUGGUGUUUACAAUAGUUGCUGCAAUACAGUGCCCAAAGGUCAAUUGGAAGGGUUUACCGAUGAAGUGCUCUCAACACUAUUUGCAGUAAAACAACAAUUGUGCAAUCAAAAACUAGAAUUAAAAGUGAAUGAUGUGCGUUUCGUGUCACAUCCAACAUUAAUACCGCGCAAUGAGCACCGCAACAGCGCGGGCAAUACAAGUAAUGCUUCAAAUACCUCCAACACAUCUUUACCACUUGCGGCGCCAACGACGGCUACAAGCGCUACUAUCGGUACAGCAACAGCAUCAUCAUUGCCACAGCCAAAGUCUCAACCACAGCAAAUGCUUAUAAAUAUUGUGUUCGCUUUGCAUGCACAGGCCAGUUAUUCCAUAGUGAAAUGCUAUUACGAACUCAGCAAGCGACUCGGUUUAGCGCUACGUUUCGAAGAACAACGUGCCAGUUAUUGUACCGAGGAGACAAUGCUUAUGGCACGUACGCAUGAUGAACUCUCCUCACAGCAGCAACCAUUGGAGCGCACAUUUGACGCCAUCACAGAGCGUUGCACUUUAGCGCAAGCGCUCAAAUCAAUCUAUCAUGAUCUAUGUACUACUGGCUUACUGAAUACAACGUUAAAUCAAUACCUAACGGUAAGUUUUUGUUUGCCGCAAAAAGCGCAUCAGCUGCACAAAAAAGGUAGCAUGGUCGAUCCUGAGGUUAUAGAUCGUUGUUUGAGUUCGUUAAAACCUUACCAUGGCAUGCUGCUUGUGGACUAUGCGGAACUGCUCGACUGUGUGCCACCGCGUGCUGCGCGCAUGCUACUACAAUUGGUAGAGAUCUACACACCGCUAAUGAGCUUACAAAUGCUUGCCUCUGAAGCGGACAUGAGUAUUGAGCAUGUUUACAAAAUGGUUUCACAUUUGGUCUAUUGGGGUAAAGCCACCAUUAUCUAUCCGCUUUGCGAAACGAAUGUUUAUGUUAUUGCGCCCGAUGCGCCACUACAUACAAAAUCACAUUUGGUUGAGAAAUUCUCAGCCCGUUUUGCUGGCAUGUCCCUCUUCGAUGCUAUCGCACACUUUUCGCUGCCCACAUCCAUUGGUCACCUCACCACACCACUGCAGCAGUCGGCGCGUCAGGGUAUGCUCGCACAAAUGGUGGUCUGGAUGCUGCAACAUCACUUACUAAUGCAAUUGCAUACAUAUGUACAAUUUAUGCCGAGCGAUUUAGACGAUUUCUAUGGCGGCGUGAGUACCAUGAACGUGGCGGGCAGCGAUUAUUCGGCCUGUAGUGAUGGCGUUAAUGAACACAAGUCAUCGCUAAUGGAUUUACAAGAGGGCACGACUACGCACAGUUCAAUUGGUGUGGGCGCUACGGGUGAACUGUUGAUAUCACCAUUGAGUCGUAGCAUGAAUGUGAGCGACGACGAGCUCAAUGCCGGCUCCUUGCUCUCCUGCGCCAGCCAACCACUGCCAGUGCCGCAUACUAGUCAUCGCUCGAUUACCGAAGAUCGCUACUCGGGCGGCUGUUCAACAGCAUCAGAUAACAUUGUCGCACAACCAUCCUCUAGUCACAAGUCAAAUUAUAGCAUGACUGCCUCCAUAAGCACAGAGAAUUGUGACAGUAUCGCCUCCAUCGAAGAUGAGGAACGCAUUAAAGAGCUAUUAUCGGUUUUCAAUGAUGCCGAUCGUGCGGCCAUACGUCGUAUACCCGCCUCAACGAACAUCGAUGAUCUCUCGUUGUUGGUGAAACUCUAUCAGGCCGGUUAUUUUAAGAGCGAACAUCACCUCGAAGAGAUUAUGUACUUUCAAAGCUUACGUCCAGCUGAACUUUUACAGCUACUGGAUAAAUUUCGUGAUGUGCUAAUCAUAUAUGAGACUGAGGACCCUGCCAUUGCAUCAAUGUACAAUAAUAAGUGAAGCAAGCAACAUAAAAAAUGUGAAAGCGUCGUGCGCAGGCGCUAGUGAACCGUCAAGCCGUGUGUGCUAAAAGUGCCUUAA